AUGGCCCCCUUCCACUGCCAGAUAUGUGGCAAGAAUUUCCUCACCCUGGAGAAAUUCACCAUCCACAAUUAUUCCCACUCCAGGGAGAGGCCAUUCAAGUGUGCCCAGGAUGAAUGUGGCAAAGCCUUUGUUUCCAAAUACAAAUUGAUGAGACACAUGGCCACCCACUCGCCGCAGAAGUCGCACCGCUGCGCGCACUGCGAGAAGACCUUCAACCGCAAGGACCACCUGAAGAACCACCUGCAGACCCACGACCCCAACAAGAUGUCGUACGGGUGCGAGGAGUGCGGCAAGAAGUACACCACGGUGCUGGGCUACAAGCGGCACGUGGCGCUGCACGCGGCGCACAACGGCGACCUCACCUGCGGGGUGUGCGCUCUGGAGCUGGGCAGCACCGAGGUGCUCAUGAGUCACCUCAAAACCCACUCCGAGGAGAAGCCCCCCAGCGCCGCCCGCGAGAAGAAGCACCGCUGCGACCACUGCGCGCGCAGCUUCUACACGCGCAAGGAUGUCCGCCGCCACCUGGUGGUCCACACCGGCUGCAAGGACUUCCUGUGCCAGUUCUGCGCCCAGAGGUUCGGCCGCAAAGACCACCUGACCCGCCACACCAAGAAGACCCACUCGCAGGAGCUGAUGCGCGAGAGCCUGCAGGCCGGGGAGCUGCUGAACCCCUUCCCGGCCGCCGCCGCCGCCGCCGUGGUGCCGCCUCCAUUCCAGUUCAAGGCGCCGCCGAUGGCGCCACCGCCGCCGCCGCCGCCGCCCUUCGCCGUGGGGCCCACGCCCCACGGCGGGCUCCUGGGGAGCCUGCCCGCCGACCUGCAGGGCCUCACGCUCGGUCCCCCCGAGCCCAUCCUGCAGCCCAUGCCACCCAUGCCGGAGCCCCUGGCUCCCAUGCACCCCAUGGUGGCCCCAGGCUCCCCGGCUCUGACCCUGCAGGGUCCCAAGUAUGAGCUGGGUGCCACUUGUUACCCAGCACCACCGCUGGCCGGCCUGCCCCUUAAAGCAGAUCCCAAAGGCUUCUGCAACAUGGGCGUGUACGACGAGUUGCCUCUCCAAGAGCCUCUGUCGCCCCACAAGCUCAACCAGGGCUUCGAGCUGGUUAAGAUCGAGCCUGGCAUGCUCUCCCUGCCCAAGGAGCUGCAGGUGGAUGCCCUGAGUAUGGCCAUCCCGGCCUCGCUGGAGAUCUCGCCCCUCCUGGGCUUCUGGCAGGUGCCUUCUCCUCCCUCUCCCACUGGCUUUGGGAACAACUUUGUUCCCAUGGGCCCCGGGGAACCCCUGCCCAGGGCCAGCGGUCCGCCGCAGCAGCAGCAGCAGCUGCUGCCUCCUCCCAUAGCAGUGGGCACCGCCAUGGGCACGGUGAGCCUGAGCCAGCUCCCGCUGCCCCCCAUGCCCUACGUGUUUACCACGGGCCCCAGCACGGCCAUCCUGCCUCAUUUCCACCAUGCAUUCAGAUAA